CAGCAGGUGCGAGGACAGUGAGGGGGAACAACAAGGCAAAUCAACAGCAGGAAGACCCUGGAACUGUAAAACCACAGGGAACAUUUUUCAAAGGAGCUGAAGAUGAUUUUUCCCAGUGUAUGGAACAGGGAGAGGCUUGGAGAAAGCAACACAGGGCAGAGAGGCAGCUGGAGAACAGCCCAAGCAAGAGAGUGGAGGAAUCCCUUGAAUUUGGGGGACGAUCCAAGGAAACUCCAGGCCAGCAGCCAAAUCACAAUGGAAAGAAACCCUUUGAAUGCUCAGACUGUGGGAAAAGAUUCAAUGAGAAGUCAGGCCCUAUUCUGCCUCAGAGAGGGCACACGGGAGAGAGAUUCUGCAAGUGCCUAGAGUGUGGAAAAAGUUUGAACGAGCUGUCAUCCCAUAUUGAACAUGAGACUAUCCACAUGAGAGAGAAAUCCCAUAAAUGCUUUGAGUGUGGGAAAAGCUUCACUUUGAGAUCAAACCUUAGUAGACACCAGAAAACCCACAGUGGAGAGCGGCCAUAUAGAUGCUUGGAAUGUGGGAAAAGCUUGAGUCAGAGGUCAAACCUUAAUGCUCAUCAGAGGAUCCACACAGGAGUGAGGCCAUAUAAAUGCCAUGAGUGUGGGAAAGGUUUCACUGUACGAUCAGCCCUUACUGUCCAUGAGAGAACCCACACGGGAGAGAGGCCAUAUAAAUGCCAGGAAUGUGGGAAAGAUUUCACUGGCCAAUCAGCCCUUAUUGCCCAUGAGAGAAUCCACACGGGCGAGAGACCAUAUAAAUGCAAAGAGUGUGGGAAAGGUUUCACUGUACAAUCAGCCCUGACAGUCCAUGAGAGAACCCACACGGGAGAGAGACCAUAUAAAUGCCUUGAGUGUGGGAAGAGCUUCCGUCAGUAUUCAUACUUUAUUGUCCAUCAGAGAGUGCACACAGGAGAGAGGCCAUAUAAAUGCAAUGAGUGUGGGAAAGGUUUCACUGUCCAAUCAGUCCUUACUGUCCAUGAGAGAACCCACACGGGAGAGAGACCAUUUAAGUGCCUUGACUGUGGGAAAGGUUUCACUGACCAAUCAGCCCUUAUUGUCCAUGAGAGAAUCCACACAGGAGAGAGACCGUAUAAAUGCCUGGACUGUGGGAAAGGCUUCAGGAACUCCUCACACCUUACUAGACAUCAGAGAAUCCACACAAGUCCUGCGUCAGCAAAUCCCCCAAGGAAAAAAACCUCUCAGAUU